UACGCGCUGCAGCCGCUGGACCACGAGGAGCUGGAGCUGCUGCAGUUCCAGGUGAGCGCGCGCGACGCGGGCGUGCCGCCUCUGGGCAGCAACGUGACACUGCAGGUGUUUGUGCUGGACGAGAACGACAACGCGCCCGUGCUGCUGCCGCCUGGGGCGGGUGGCGUGGACGGCGCGGUGAGCCAGCUGGUGUCGCGGUCCGUGGGCGCGGGCCAAGUGGUAGCAAAGGUGCGCGCAGUGGACGCGGACUCAGGCUACAACGCGUGGCUGUCUUAUGAACUGCAGCAGUCGGCGGGGAGCGCGCGCAGCCCGUUCCGCGUGGGUCUGUACACAGGCGAGAUCAGUACGACUCGCACCCUGGAUGAGGUGGACGCGCUGCGCCAGCGCCUACUGGUGCUGGUGAAGGACCAUGGCGAGCCGGCGCUGGUGUCCACGGCCACCGUGCUGCUGUCGCUGGUGGACAAUGGCCCUGCGCCGAAGACGCCCUCACGGGCGUCGGCCGGCGCCGCGAGCGUGGAGACCGCUCUGGUGGAUGUGAACGUGUAUCUGAUCAUCGCCAUCUGCGCGGUGUCGAGCCUGUUGGUGCUCAUGCUGCUGCUGUACACGGCGCUGCGGUGCUCGGCGCCGCCCACCCAGGGUGUGUGCGGGUCGGGGAAGCCCACGCUGGUGUGCUCCAGCGCGGUGGGGAGCUGGUCCUAUUCGCAGCAGAGGCGGCAGAGGGUGUGCUCUGCGGAGGGCCCGCCCAAGGCCGACCUCAUGGCCUUCAGCCCCAGCCUUCCUCAAGGUCCCAGCUCAUCAGACAAUAACUGUAUAGCAUAGCACGGUUUAGAGAAUUCAUUUCUUACUUACCCUUUGGAGCCGCAUGAUGUCGC